CUGUGGUGCAGGGUUGUGGCUAGUAUUGCAUGAAUGUUUUACAUUUGUAAAGGGCACGGUGAUCUUAAGCGAGGCCUCUAGAUGAUUCCUGGACAUGUUUGUUGAUUAUCACAGCUGAAGUCUUAGACUCAAUCAUGAAUUGGGCGUCAUUUUAUGCCGUGAUCAGUGGCGUGAACAGGCAUUCGACAGGCAUCGGGCGCAUCUGGCUCUCUGUAAUCUUCAUCUUCCGGAUCAUGGUGCUGGUGGUGGCAGCAGAGAGCGUGUGGGGCGACGAGAAGUCUGGCUUCACCUGCAACACCCAACAGCCCGGCUGCAACAGCGUCUGCUACGACCAGUUCUUCCCCAUCUCUCACAUUCGCCUCUGGUCUCUGCAGCUCAUCCUGGUGUCCACACCCGCCCUGCUGGUCGUCAUGCAUGUCGCUCAUCGCCGGCACGUCGAGAGGAAGAUCCUGAAAAUCUCCGGCCGGGGAAACGCAAAGGACUUUGAGUCCAUCAAGACUCAGAAGUUCAAGAUCGCUGGUUCUCUUUGGUGGACUUACAUGAUCAGUAUCCUAUUCCGUAUCAUUUUCGAGGCUGUUUUCUUGUACGUCUUUUAUGUGAUCUACCCAGACGUAAAGAUGGUGCGUCUCGUAAAGUGUGACUCCUACCCUUGCCCCAAUACAGUGGACUGUUUUGUGUCUCGUCCAACCGAGAAGACCAUCUUCACUAUCUUCAUGCUGACAGUGUCUGGAGUGUGUGUCUUGUUGAACAUUGCAGAGGUGGUGUAUUUAAUAGGCCGCACGUGUUUCAGAUACUUUCAACGAGCAGGAGGUGAAUCCAAAGGACCUUGGCUCACUCAAAAACUGGCACCCUACAAGCAGAAUGAAAUUAAUCAGCUGAUAUCAGAGCACUCGUUUAAGCCCAGAUUUAACGUUGGCCGAAAACCCGUCGCUGAUAAAGGCGAGCGCUGCUCUGCUUUCUAGACUCUUCUAGACAACCUGGAGGUUUCACCAACUAUCAAUAACCUAUGACAUGUGGACGUCAGUAAUCAUAUUAAUCUGUCCUCAUUGAUAUAUUUGGUUCAUUCAUUUAUUUAAGGGCCACUCUAGAGGUGAAAAGUGAUCAUGGGCAGAAAUAUGCUGGACAACCAUGAACUUUUACAUUCAAAAUGGUGCAAACAUUUGUCUUCUCCCAAAAAGAUUUGAAGGCCUAAUGGUGCGGUCACACGCAAAUUUACACUGGCCCAAAAAUCAUGUGGACACUUUUGGAAACUUCAGUCACACUGAAAAAUUAAUGAAGGUCAUUGCAUUAGAUAAAAUAUCAAAGCAAGUGUCAUCUGUGAAUCUCAAAUGCUGUUGGAUCUUUUCUCAGAACUAACGUUCACUUUUCUAAAUGAUUUUUGCUCAAUAACUUUUAAUGAACUGGUGUUGUGGUGAUUUUUAGUGGAUGUAUGAAGUCAGUUCCCCUCAAGUUCACACAGCAGAGUAACCAAAGGAGUUCAGCACAUUCAAUAUAGACAUCUGAGUCCAAAAACUUUUAUCUUUAUUUUAUUCUAUUGUUUUAUCAUUUUAAACCUAACAAAUUUCUUUCUUCAAAAAUGUUUUUCUUGAAUGCUAUUUUACUUGAAAAUAAAUGCCACUUGGUUUGAUAUUUUGCAUUGCAAAGCAAAGACAUUUAUAAAUGUUUAGUGUUGCUUUAGUUGCCAAAUUCUUUAAAGGGCCACUGUGUGUAUGUUCAUCUUACACUGUGUACCAAAGUUCAAGUUUAGAGAACUCUGACCUGCUAAUUCAUAUAGAUGUUUGACCAAUAAGAUGUUUGACCAUUAUAGGAUCUAAAUGUCACUCUUGGCUCAACAUAUAUACAAACUUCAAAGCUGCAUGGUUUGGAGUGUUAGUCAAUUUUAUCAUUUUGAAAUGAUUGUUUUGUUGUUAUUUUAAUGUGUUAAAAACAGAAGCCCAUAUUAAUUUCACGUAAUUCAAAAAUGUCCUACUUCACAUUUUAAGCAUUUUUUUGGGGGGGGGGGGGGGUUGCCACACUAUAUUUUGUUUACCUCUGGAUGGUGCAAAAAAAGUUUAAAACUUGGACUUUGUUCAUCUCGAGGUCACCUAUAUCAAUGUUGCAUGUUUAAGUUUGAAAUACAAAAGUGCAAUAAUGUUUUUUUCUGGCCUAAAACUUAAUCAAAGUGCCUCUUUACAUAUUGUGUUAGGUUUCUUUGACAUUUUUCUUUGAUGCUUAGUGUAAUAUCUACAGAAAAUAAUUUGUAAACAUUUGUAACAAAAGAAAUCCAAACUUGACGGCAACUGGUGUGUUUUAAUAAUGUUUCAUAUGGUAAAGUCUCCUAAACUCUGUUUUUGUUUUAGUUGCACACAUCAGCUCUGUAGAAAGUGUAUUGAAUAGAGAAGUCUUUUAAUCUUUCCUCUGUCUCUUUUUUGCAAGCACAAGUCUUUUGAAAAGACAGAACAGACUCAUAUUUAUUUGACUGUAAAUGCUUCUUGAUCUCACAUUGUAUGCCACAGCUGUAUCUAACACGCACAUCAAGAGCCAUCCAGUAAGUCAUGCACUAGCAGAUUUGGAAAUAAUAUUUUCAUUGCAGGACUUUGAUUGAUGCUGCUUUUUGCUUGGAAUAUCAACCUUGACAUUAAAUUAAAUGAAUGGUACAUUCCUUAAUAAAAUAUGGGAUAAUUUAAAGUUAGUAGGGUCAUUCUCAAAAAUAUUGAUGUUCUGACUUACAAAAUAUUCAAAUGUCCACUUUAUUUCAGUUUUCGCCCAUAAAAGCUGAGGGUAAACAUUUUUUUUUAAUUCUUGACAUUAUUUUUAAUCAUAAAGGACAACUUGACUGUUGUUUUUUUAUUUUAUUAUUUUAUUUUGUUUCAGAAAUGAAGCAAAGGUUGUUACA